CAUCCAGAAUGAUGAGACAUGUCCUGGAAAACAAGGAGAAAUUUCAAGUUUGGUCAGUGUUAAUAUCACUGCACUUGAAGCCAAAUUAAAAAAAUCAGAAGUGUUGUCUAAUUUACUUGACUCCUGCAAUAAGAUAAUUUAUUUUCCUCACUGGUAGUAAUUAUUUUAACUUGACUGGGAAAAUAGUUACCAAAUACCAAAGUACAACACUACUGUAUGUUAGGAGAAAUUUCUGUUUAACAAAUAAACGACAGUGAGGUGUUGGUGGUUUUAGGCUUAUGAUCCUAGCUGCUCAGGAGGCUGAAAGCAGGAGGAUCAAGGUCCGAGGUCGCUCUGGGCAGAAAAAUGGCAAAAGCAAGCCUGGAGGCAUGGUUCAAGUAUCAUAGCUCUGGCCUGGGAAGUCCAAGGCUCCGAGUUCAAACCCCAGAACUGGAAGAAAAGACACACAUUCCUCUAUUAUCCAGAGGUCUGCUUCGAUGUGGUGUGUAACUUUUGUGGUUUUAAAAUAUGUCGGGUUUAUUUAUUUAUUUUUUUUAAAGAUUAUCAAGUAGUUGCAGGAAAAAGGUGCUAAGAAAAACGCAGUUAUUCAGAUCCUGGACUUUUGAAAGUGCAUUGAAUUUAUUAGAACUGUGAUUCAGGUGCUUCAUUAUUCUCUUGGAAAAAAAACCCUUAUGUAUAGAUUUUGUUUUUGUACACACACACGCAUGCACACGUACAUUAAUAAGUAAAACAGAAAUGAAAUGCUGCUUAGAAGUGGCCCACUCGUGUAGCUUUUACCAUUUUCUUUCCUUCAGUGAGCACUUAAUAAGAGGUCAGAUUAAUAUUUGACGUGAUGAGAGGCACAUGUUUUCCCCAAGAAAACAAAGUGUUUUAGCUGGUAGUUCUGCCUGUGUGUUCACACCUGUCAUAUCGUUUCUAUUUUUAGGCUGUUGCCAGGCAGAUUUCAAAUUCCUCCUCUUAGGGUUGCCCAGCCUGGGCUUCCUGAUUGGCUGCGUGUCCCUGCUGCCACUAGCCAACCACAGUGACUAUGCAAAUUGUAUUUCAGUUUCUGUUUCUGUGAAAGAACUGAUAAGAUGGCUGCCAGGGGCUCCCUUUGGGAUUCGAAAUGGAUUGUAUAGAAGAACCUCAGAAAAAAAUCUUCAAGGCUCGAAAAACAAUGCGAGUGAGCGAUCGCCAUCAGCUGGAAGCAGUGUACAAAGUCAGAGACGAGCUGUUGAAAACGGACGUCAGGCUUCUAAACGGCAACCAUGAGAAUGGAGACGUGGGCGGGUCUCUGGAAGGCGUAGAUUACAUUCAGGAGGAGGAGGAGGAGGUGAAUGGCAUCGAUGGGGUUUGUUCUGACCCUGAGGACAGUAAGGCAGAACGGGAGGAGGCCCCUUGUAACCUGACUGUGAAAGUAAAAACGAAGCAGGAUGAUGCUUCAAAUGCUGACCCUUUAUCUUCUGAUACCCUGGCUUCUGAGUCAGCUCCUGAACUGAGCUCUGAGCCCGCCUCCGGUGAGCCCGCCUUUGGUGAGCUGGCCCCUGGCGAUCCAGUCUCUGGCCAUCUGGCCUUUGGUGAGCCGGCUUGUAGUGAUCGGACCUCCAGUGAGCCAGCCUCCAGUGAACGGACUCGUAGUGAGCUGGCUUCCAGUGAUCGGACCUCUAGUGAGCUGGCCUCCAGUGAUCAGACCUCUGGUGAGCUGGCCUCCAGUGAUCGGGCCGCUGGAGCUGCUGCCCCUGGUACGGUAUCGGAUGGUAUUGAUUCCAGUCCUGGGGAUGGCGAUCCUUCUGUGGGUGCCCCACCAGGCAGCCCCGCCUCUGCGGACCAAGCCGCUGCUGCCCACCUAGCCGCUUCCUGUGACCCUGCUUCUGAGGAGGCUGCCUCUGGCGACCUCUCCUCUGGUGACUCCAUUGCUGGUGAACUUGCCUCUGACAAACCAGUUUCGGAGGCCUCUGCCGAGGCCUCUCCUGGUGAUCUGCCAGCUGGCGACCUGUCCGCUGGUGAUCUGCCCGCUGGUGAUCUGCCCGCUGCUGACCCUUCUUCUGUGGAUGACCUUCCCGCCGGCGAUGCCGGCUGUCCUGGACAAGCCUCUGAAGGCCUGGUCUCCAGUGAGCUGGCUUCGGCUGAGCCAGCCUCUGAUGAAGCGGCCGCCGGGGCACUGACUUCCGAGUCAACCGUUGAGCCUGCCUUUAAACCUAGUUCCGGAUCCGGUUGUGAGCCAGAGGCUGAAAUGGACUACAGGGAGCAAAGCGGCAGUAAAGAUGAGGCUUUCGUAAAGACCCACGCGGAUGAUGGGAAGGCUGACCAAACCCCGAGUAAGGACUCCCUUGAUGAAACAGACAACAUGGAUAUGAAUGCUGAUAGUCCUAAGGAAGUUCUAGAAACCGAUGGUACAAUGAUUUGUCCAGAUCUACCUCCUGAACACGAAAAGAAAGCAAAUGGAGAUGCUGCCGCCGCCGGGGCUGUGGGGGAUGAGGCCAUUUCCAGCAGCAUGGAGGUGGAGCCGGCGGACAAGGCCGAGGAGGACAGCGCCACAGGCCUGCUAGGAGCCGCCAGGGACGAGACUGCUGCGAAGGAUGGCAGCGAGGAGAGCUUAGAACACGCAGACUCCAUGGAGACGGACGAGAUCAUUCCUAUUUUGGAAAAACUUGCACCUAGCGAAGAUGAACUCACUUGCUUCUCCAAGAGUUCUCUCCUACCAAUGGAAGAGGCAAAUCUGGAUUUGGAAGACAAAAUGGAAGGCUCUUUUGGCUCACCUUCCAAACAAGAAAGCAACGAGAGUUUGCCAAAGGAAGCCUUCCUGGUCCUCUCUGACGAAGAGGACAUUUCAUGUGAGAAAGAUGAGUCUGAAGAGCUGUCACAAAAUGCCGCAUGCUCCCCAGCAAAAGUAGAAACAAAUGAGAAGGCCAGCAAACCUGAGGAAGAAGAGCCCGUAGUAGAGGAAGAAGAGGAGAGGCCUUCUGAGAAAAAUGAAUGUUCCAGAAGAAAACGUUCUAAAUCAGAGGACAUAGACAAUGUACAGUCCAAACGUCGACGGUACUUAGAGGAUGAAUAUGAGGCAGAGCUUCAAGUAAAGAUAACCGCCAAAGGAGACAUUAACCAGAAGCUUCAAAAGGUUGUGCAGUGGUUACUGGAAGAGAAGUUGUGUGCCCUGCAGUGUGCAGUGUUUGACAAGACUCUGGCAGAGCUGAAAACCCGUGUGGAGAAGAUCGAGUGUAACAAAAGGCAUAAGACGGUCCUUACUGAACUGCAGGCCAAGGUAGCCAGGUUAACCAAACGUUUCGGAGCAGCCAAAGAAGAUCUUAAGAAAAGACAAGAGAGCCCACCAAACCCGCCCGUAUCCCCAGGAAAGCCCGGGAAUGACAUCAACAGCAAUAACAACAUGGUGUACAGAACUGCAGGCACAGUGAGACAGAUGCUGGAGUCCAAAAGAAAUGUGAGCGAGAACACACCGCCAUCCUUUCCGACUCCUGUGAAUACAGUGCCCUCGGCCAGCCUCGUGCCCCCGGCGGCGGCGGUGGUCAGCAGCCAGCCGAAGCUGCCGGCGCCCGUGACCUCAGGCUCCCUCACCGCCGCGCCGCUCGUCCCCGCGCCCAGCGCGGCCACCGUGGUGGCCACUUCUCAGGUGCCCACCGGCAACCCCCAGCCCACCAUCUCGCUGCAGUCGUUGCCGGUGAUCCUGCACGUGCCCGUGGCCGUGCCCUCGCAGCCUCAGCUCCUCCAGAGCCAUCCCGGGACGCUCGUCACCAACCCGCCGGCGGGCAACGUGGAGUUCAUUUCUGUGCAGAGCCCGCCCGCCGUGAGCGGCCUCACCAAAAACCCCGUGUCCCUGCCGCCCUUGCCAAACCCCGCCAAGCCCGGCGGCGUGGCCUCGGUGCCCAGCCCCAGCCUCCCAAGGAACACCACGCUGGCCGUGCAGGCCGUCCCCACGGCCCACUCCAUCGUCCAGGCCACCCGGACUUCCCUGCCCACCGUGGGCCCCGCGGGCCUCUACAGCCCGUCCAACGCCCGCGGGCCCAUCCAGAUGAAGAUCCCCAUCUCCGCCUUCAGCACUUCCUCGCCCGCCGAGCACGGCGGCCCACCCGUGCCCGUGCCCGCGCCCGCGCCCGUGCCCGCACCCGCGCCCGUGCCCAGGCCCGAAAACCAGACAAACAAACCAGUAGAUGCUUCUGUUAAUAAGAAAGCAGCUGAUAGCACGUCACAGAGUGGGAAAGCCCCUGGCAGUGACUCAGGCGGAGUCAUCGAUCUCACGAUGGAUGAUGAGGAGAACGCGGCUUCCCAAGACCACAAGAAACUGCACCACACUCCCGUCCCAGCCCUGGCCUCCCCUCAGCCCCUGCCUCGACCCCUGCAGCCCAUCCAGCCCGCGCCGCCGCCGCCGCCACUGCCUCAGCCGGCUGGGGUGCCCACCAGCGGCCCGUCCCAAACCACCAUCCACCUGCUGCCUCCAGCUCCAACCACCGUGAAUGUAACGCAUCGUCCAGUAACUCAGGUGACCACGAGACUCCCCGUCCCCCGGGCGCCUGGCAACCAUCAGGUGGUCUACACGGCCCUGCCCGCACCACCUGCGCAGGCGCCCCUGCGGGGAGCCGCCGUACCCGCGCCCGCCGUUCGCCAGCUCAAUCCCCCAAACAGUGUUACAGUUCGAGUGCCUCAAACCACCACCUAUGUCGUGAACAAUGGACUCACGCUGGGCUCGGCGGCGGGGCCUCAGCUCACCGUGCACCACCGCCCCCCGCAAGUGCACACUGAGGCCCCCCGGCCCGUGCACCCCGCGCCCCUGCCCGAGGCCCCCCAGCCGCAGCGCCUGCCCCCCGAGGCCGCGGGCACGGCCCUGCCCCAGAAGCCGCACCUGAAGCUGGCGCGCGUGCAGAGCCAGAACGGCAUCGUGCUGUCGUGGAGCGUGCUGGAGGUGGACCGCGCGUGCGCCGCCGUGGACAGCUACCACCUGUACGCCUACCACGAGGAGCCCAGCGCCACGGCGCCGUCGCAGUGGAAGAAGAUCGGCGAGGUGAAGGCCCUGCCGCUGCCCAUGGCCUGCACGCUCACGCAGUUCGUGUCCGGCAGCAAGUACUACUUCGCCGUGCGGGCCAAGGACGUGUUCGGCCGCUUCGGGCCCUUCUGCGACCCGCAGUCCACGGACGUGAUCGCGUCCUCGCAGAGCAGCUAAGCCCGGAGCCGCCCCGCCCCGGCCGCCGCCCCCUCCGUCUGUGCACGCACGCGCAGGACCGCACAGACGCGCGCACACUACACACGGUGCACGGCUGCCCGCGCCGUGCACGCGGCCCCGCCAGGGCCCCCGGACCGCGCACGGGCCGGGCUGUGACGUGUAAAUAGGCACCUCGCUCGGAGUGCGGGGGCUGCUGUGGUUUCGUUUCCUCCUUUGUUUUUGUUUUUUUUCCUAUUUCUGUGUCUGUUGCCAUUUUCACCUCCGAUCGGCUUCUCUUCGGUCAGGAGUGAGCAGAGGACGGGCUCUGAGGCGUGUGUGUGUGUGACACGCCCUUCUGCGUCUCCCGGAAUCCCAAAGAAACGGAAAGCAGCGACCCGCUCAGCCCCGCGCCUCCUCCCGCCGCCUGCCCUGCCCGCCAGGAGAAGAUCGCAGCGCCCCCCUCGUGUGGCUCCCACAUUUGUUUUGUGCCUUAAAAGUUCACUUGAGAAAGAAGCAGGCCCCCCUCCGCCUCGCUGGGGCUCCGGCCUCGCCCACCCGAGCUGCCCGAGCCGCCACCACGUCUCCUCCCUCCCCACC